AUGGGAUUUGGAUCAAAUCGAAUUUUGAAGGAGUUGAAACAAUUCCAGGCUAGUGACAGUCUGCAGCUGAUUCCUUCGGACGAUAUCUCUGUCCAGUACGUGGAUAUGAAGGUGGGGAACAACCCACUGUAUCCGGAGACCUACCGCUUGAGAUUUAUCAUUGAAGACGAUUACCCAUUUGCACCGCCACAGGUCCAGUUUGUCGGGCCCAACAAGAUCCCUAUACAUCCACACAUCUACUCGAACGGCCACAUUUGCCUUAAUAUACUCUACGAUGGAUGGUCUCCGGCCAACUCGCUACGUACGGUUUCUCUCUCCGUGCAAAGCAUGCUCAGUGGCAACACAGACGGAUCGCGUCCCGAGGGAGACCACCAGUACUGCAAAUCGGCCCCAAAGAACCCAUUACACUCAAAAUGGGUCUUUGACGACGACUCUAUAUGA